GUGAUGCCUAACUUCAAAUUGUUUUGCCUGAUUCAUCAAAAAAAAUUAUGGUUAUAAAUACGCCAUUUGGUUUAUUCCAAUACCAAAGAAUGCCAUUUGAAAUUUCAAGCGCUCCAGGAAUUUUCCAAAGAUUUAUGGAAGAAGUUGUUUCCGGAAUACCUGGCUGUGCAGUGUACCUUGAUGAUAUUAUCGUUACUGGUCGUAAUAAUGAAGAACACAUUCAAAACUUAAAAGCCUUAUUUCAAAGGUUAGAGUACCAUGGUCUUAGAUGUAAACAAGAAAAAUGUACUUCUGCUCAGUCAAAAAUUGAAUAUGUCGGACAUGUUAUAGAUUCAAAUGGUAUCAUGCCAUCGGAAAAAAGAUUGGAUGCCAUUCGUCUCAUGCCUCAACCAAAGAACCUCAAAGAAGUCGAAGCUUUUAUUGGUAAGUUGAACUACUAUAAUAAGUUUAUAGAAAAUUUUUCUACGAAAGCCGCACCUUUAAAUGAGCUACGAAAAAGUAAUGUUAAGUUUAUAUGGGCCCAAAACAGGAAGAAGCUUUUCAGACAAUGAAAAAUGAUAUAAUUCAAGUAGCAAAAUCAUAAUGAACUAUAUGAUGAAAACUUAACAAUAAUUUUAGCCACAAAUGCUUCCAAAAAUGGAAUAGGAGCUGUUUUAUCGCAUCGAUAUCCAGAUGAUACAGAAAAACCAAUCUCAUUUGCGUCAAAACUCUAAAUAGCAGUCAGUGCAAUUAUUCCCAGAUAGAAAAGGAAGCUUUGGCAAUUGUUUUUGGAGUAACUCGUUUUCAUCAAUAUAUUUAUGGGAGACAUUUUGAGUUAACAACAGAUCAUCAAGCACUUACAACAAUAUUUCAUCCUCAUAAAAAAUUACCGAUUAUGACAUUGCAUCGUCUUCAAAGGUGGGCGGUUAUUUUACAAUCUUACGAAUAUAAUAUUCGAUAUAAAAAUACAAAAAAUCAUGCGAAUGCAGAUGCAUUAUCAAGGUUACCCAUGGGUGAAGACAUCGAGUUUGAUAAUUAUGAAAAAAGUAUGCUUGAUAUUGAGAAUAUUUAUGAAUCAACUAUAGCAGAUUUUCCUAUCGAUGCUCAUAUUAUUGCAGAACAUAUAAAAAAUGAUAACAUUCUGAGAAGUGUAUCAAAGUAUAUUACAGAGGGUUGGCCUGAAAAUAUCAAAAAAUCACAAAGUGAGUUGCUACCCUAUUAUUUAAGAAAAAUGUCUUUGUCGCUUGUAAAUGGAGUUAUCCUUAUUCAAACUGAUCAUAUAAGAGUAGUUAUUCCGACAUCUUUACAUAAACAAAUUUUAUAUGUGAUCCAUGAAGGUCAUUGGGGAAAAAGUCAAAUGAAGCAAAUUGCACGACGAUAUGUCUGGUUUCCUAAAAUUGAUGAAGCUAUUGAAAACAUUUCAAAAUGUUGUUCCACCAGUCAAGAAGCUGGUAGUAAUCCAAAUAGAGAAUUUUCAUCUUGGCCAAAAGCAACUAAACCUUGGGAGAGAAUUCAUGUCGAUUUUGCUGGUCCAUUCUUUUCUCAAAUGUGGUUAAUAGUGGUAUACGCAUAUUCUCGUUUUCCAUAUGUAAUUGAAAUGUCAACCGCUACAUCGUCUACAACUAUUCAUGCUCUUCGAGAUAUAUUUUCGGUCGAAGGUCUACCUAAUACCAUCGUAAAAGACAAUGGAAGUCAAUUUACUUCUAAAGAUUUUGAAGAAUUUUGUCGAAGAAAUGCUAUAGAACAUAUCACAAGUCCACCAUUCCAUCCCUCAUCAAAUGGUUUAGCUGAGCGAACCGUACGAACGUUUAAAGAAUCUUUUAAGAAAAAUAUGUGUGAUAAGCAAGAUAAAAGUAGAGCUGUGUUUAAAUUUUUGUCUACAUAUAGAUCUACCCCAAACACUGUAACUGGUAAGUCACCAGCAGAACUCCUCCAUGGAUGCCAACCUCGUACUAUUUUAUCAGCCCUGUUUCCUUCAAAACAUUCAAAAGUGGAAAAUCAAACGAAAUUUAAAGUCAACGAUUUAGUGUACGCUAGAAAUUUUGCUGGGACGAAAAAAUGGAUAGAAGGCACUAUUACAAAUGUUGAAGGAAAAAUGAUGUAUGCGAUUAAAUGUAAGUGAGGUAAUAUAAGUAGACAUCAAAAUCAAAUAAAAAGCCGAACAUCGCAAAACAUACCCAAACUACAAACUGAUAAAGAUACUGAUAUUAUUGAAUUUCCUAUUAAUACAUCCAGCAAUUUAGAACAGCAUUCCAGCUCUGGAACAAGUGAGCCAAUACAAGAUAGAAACCUAAGUUCACCACCAUCUAUAUAACCCGAGAACGUUGAACUGUUGUCUAAUGAACAAAAUGAAAAUACGUUAUCUACAAACACUAAUUUGCAAAUUCGUUAAUAAUUUUUUCAUAUUUUAAUUCAUUCUUUAUCAAAUUGUUGAAAUAAAUAGUUUCA